CGGAAGCCGGGGGAGCCACCCUCUUGUCUAUCUUCGGCCAUACACUUGUGUUCGCUCCCGUCAGUGCCUGCGGCUCCACACUCGCGCUCUGAUUCGCGCCUACUUGGGGACCCUGUCCCCACGCUACUCACUACCCUGUCCCCUCCCACCCAUCUAAAAUGUCUAAUAGACUCCAGACCGUCUUUCUGAAAACCGCAGAAGAAAAGUCAGGCUCGCACUGUAUUUCAGGGUGCAUGUAUCAAGUAGUUCCUACGAUUGGCACCGAUGGAAAAAAACUUCUGCAAUUACUUCCAAUUCCUAAAUCUUCUGGAAAUCUUAUCCCAGUAGUUCAAUCUCCAGUCAUGUCUCAUGGUUUGAAAGGGAAUACAGAAAAACCAGUUCAAGUUACUUUUCAAACUCAGAUUUCCAGCUCUUCCACAAGUGCAUCAGUUCAAUUGCCUGUUUUGCAGCCAGCCAAUACUACAAAAUAUUUUCUUACAGGAACAAUAGAUACAUCAGGAAAAGAUAGAGUUACUUCUAUGGGGACUGGAAAUUUUACACCACCAAUUUCUAACACUCAGAAUCAUGGUGUGAAAAUUCAUAGACUCACCAGGCAAACAUUUACUAUUCCUCCCUCAACACAAAAUGACUCAUCUUAUUUUAUAGUCAAUACCCCAAGUCUCCCAGCAAAUGUGAAUUCUUCAACUUUGCCUUCUGGGCCUCCUUUAACGAUUCCAGCCCAUGCUGAAGUGAAACCUGUGCUUGCAUCACCCUUGCCUCCUUUGGUUCAGCAAAAGAUACUUGGAACUGUAACCACAAGUACCUCAGGAACAGUUGAGGCCUCGCAGAUACCAGCAGUUUUUUAUGUAUCUCCUGUAAACUCAGUAAAAAUUAUUGUUGACAAGAAAACUCAGAAUAUUUACCACAAACCAGUGACAUUCAGUACCUCGCAAAUUCCACCAAAUGUUGCUACAAAAACACAGUUAAACAGUGGUCAGCAUCCUCAAGCUGCUCCAGUGAACUUGAUUUUUCAAGAGUAUCUACAGCCUGGAAUUCCAUGUCUUGUUCCUGUUAAGUCUUCAAAUAAUGUGCCUUCAAAAGUUUUCAAUACUUUUGUAGAUAGGAAAACUCUGGGAGAUAAUACAGUAGGUACACCUUUGUUGAGUACCAACAGUUCUAGCAGGACACAGUCCAUAAGUGUGCCUAUUAAAGAUGAUGGUUUGAUAAUGUUUAAUGGGAAAGUCUUGUUGAAUAAAAAGGGGACAUAUGGUCUGCCAUCAAAAAUUGACCAGCAGAAUUCUGUUUCUUCUGAUAUUCCACUAAAAGAUUCAUCACAGGUAGUAAGUUCAAGUCUGGUCACAGAAAUAUCCAGAGAGGUUUUAAGUAGUGUUUUGGUUAAAAGUAAAUCUUUUCAGUUGAAGACAAAAUCACUUUCCAAUUCCCAGCCUGCUCCCAUGGCCCAUAUAAAACCAGAGAAGAGUGAAAAAGUGGAGAGACCAUCUUUUUCUGUCACAAGUCCACAUACUACGAACCAGUCCACUCACUGCCUUAAACAGAGUAAAAUUGUAUUUAUAAACCCAGUUUUUUCAGAUGGAUUUAGGACAGGACAGAAUACCCCCAGAAAAGAAAAUCUCAUCCAGAACAUACGUUCCUCUGUUGAUGCAGCAACUGUUACUUCUCAACAGUGUGUUUUCAGAGACCAAGAACCACAGACCCAGUAUGAGAUGGCAUCAAUAUUAAAAAAAGAUAUUCAAGAAAGAAGUAACAAGAAAUAUUCUCAAGGAAACCAUACCAAGGCAUCAUAUCUGAAGAAUGAUGCUGAAUUUAAAAAGAUAUUUGGUCUCACUAAAGAUUUGAGAGUGUGUCUUACUCGAAUUCCUGACCAUCUGAGCUCUACAAAAAGUUUUGAUUCCUUUAACAAUUUGAUGAAAAGUAGUUCUUACAAAGAUGCAAACGUUGUGAUGAAGGAAGAAAAAAAACAGAGUUUCUCUAAGAAAAGAAAUGCAAAACCCAUGAAGAAAAUGGAUUACACAAAAAGGAGAAAAAUUGAAAAUGCUAGUGACAUGGUCAUGAACGUCAUGAAUGGAACUGAUGUUGCUAAUUCCCAACUCCUUAGUAGUAUUUUACCAAUAUCAGACAUAGCACAACAUAACAUUAUCACAAGCCAUAGUACAACCAGGGAAGACAAGAGAACUGAAACAGAACACUGCUGUCAUGAGAAGCAGGAAAAAGGCACAUUAAGUUCAAGCACAUCUUUUGAACAAAGUAAUUAUUUUAAUAAAAACUAUACUGAAGAUAUAUUUCCAGUGACACCACCAGAACUAGAAGAAACCAUCAGAGAUGAAAAAAUAAGAAGACUUAAGCAAAUUCUAAGAGAAAAAGAAGCAGCUCUUGAAGAAUUGCGUAAGAAGAUGCACCAAAAACAAUAAAAUGUCUAUGGGUUAAAGACUUAUAUUACUACAGUAGUUCCCUCUUGCCUGUCAUGGAUCCCCAGUGGAUGCCUGAAACUGAAGGUGAUACCAAAUCUUAUAUAAAACCACUCUAAAGUCAUGACGUUUGUUAACAACUAAAUGUCUACUUAGAAAAAUAACAGGCAAGUUAUAUACAGUACAAAUAUACUGAAUGAAGAAGAUAAUUGUUACCCUCAACAGAACACUGGAAUUUUUAUAAUGCUACUCAGAAAGAUAGUUUAAAUGUUACAAAUUCCUUCUUUCUGGAGUUUCUCAUCAAUACUUAGGUGUGUAUGAUGGGGAACAAAAAGCAACUGCAAAUUAUAAAGGACUGCUCUCUUGUAAAGGCAUUCUCAAAGUAUCAUUGUAUAUGAAACUUGAGGAGUUCCAAAAAGGAUUGAGUCAUAUGACUUGUCAGUAAUCUACAUGAAGUAUUUUGACUUACUUGUUUUGGAAGAAAAGUUUGGGUAUUUUUCUGUGAAAUGCAACUCCCCAGAUUGGAGUAUUUUGUAUAAGUUUUUUGUUAAUAUUUUAUCUUCAACUAAAUUCCUCAGGUUUUACCCUAAGAAUAUUGUGUAUUAAAAUUCUACAAUCCAAGAUAUGGAGUCAGCUGUAAGCAUAACUUUACCAUUGAGUUUAUAUGUGGACUGUCUUGGUCUUCUUCCCAAAAAAUGAUAUGACCUGUUGUUGAUAUUUUUAUUUCAUCAAGAAAAUCUAUUAUAAUAAAUGUAUUCAAAUAUUUUUCAA